UAACUCAGUAAACUGGCCUGGAAGUCAAAGAGUUUGCGCAGAUUGACCUCAUGUUCUCAUGUAUGAUUUUCUAUGCGUUUCUUAUCAAAAUAAAUGUGCAGUGAAAUUGUGAAAAAAACGUGGUUUGCUUUGCUUUGCUCCUUGUUUUUGAAUUUGAGUUGUUUUUAAUUUUCAAUUAUACUGUCGGAAGUGUCGGAUAAAAUAUCUUCAGAAUCACAGAAUGUCAAAGUCAAAGAUGUCAAGUAAUCGCAAAAAGGCCGAAAACCGCACAAAAAGUUGCGGCUACUGCGAGGAAAAUUUUAUAACAAUUGCUAGAUUACGUACCCAUAUUGCUUUGGAGCAUAAAGAUGAAGCUUCGAAGUGUUAUCUUUGUUUGGAAUUGUUUAAUAAAUUCCCACCUUGGGGUACGGUGCGAAAACACUACGCUAGAUUUCACAAAAACGAUAAAUUAUACUUCAAAAGUUUGGAAUUGCAUAAGGAGGCGUUUAAGAACUCAAAAGAUAUGAAACCUGACAAUAAGGAUAUGAAACAACCUUCCUCAUCGGGAAAAAAGUUAAAACAGGGUACAGAAGAACAAGAAAAUCCUAACUCUAAAGGCAAUUCUCGAAAGUAACACGUACCUACUAAAUAGUCCCGAGUCCCAGAAGAAAAAGAAAAGGUACCUACAAAAACAAAGCCGAAUACUUUGGUUAUAGAAGGAUAUGAAAUUCACGGUCCACGAUCGGCGCACGGUCCUAUUGCUGUUCCUGUUGCUGCUGCUUCAUCCUCAGCAUUGCAAACUUCGACUACUGUGGAACAUAUUAUGUAAGGGCAGCAUGAACUUAUAUUUUGUCCCGCUAGCAACUGAAGAUGAAGAGAUAAUUUUAUUUUAAUUCACGGAAGAAUUCUAAAAAGGAUAUGAUCUAAGAUGAAUAUGUAUACAUACGUAUUAGAGACCAUCUACAGUUUUGAAUGUUUCAUCAUGCAGGGUGGUUCCCAAGUCCCCCUAAAAUGUCCAGAAAAUGGAAAAAGUUGACAAAUUGGCUAUUCUCACUCGUCUGUUGGCAAAAAAGUCGCAAUUGAAAAAAAAUAAAACUUUAAAAAUUUCAACACGAAUAGUUGCCAACUGGAUUUUUAUAGUUAAGGUCCCUUAUCUGAAGUAGGACAUGUAUUCCCAAAAAACGAAAUUCUACGGGUCAACAUGAAUUUUGGCUGUGUUUUCAAUUUUCUGCCUCAGAUAUGUUUUUCAAGUCUAGGAAAAUGUAAAAUAAGUUGAUAAAAUUGGAAAUUUCAACGAAUGAAACAGGUUAGUGAAUUUAUGGAUUAACUAAAAGUGGGUUUGGCAAAUUUCCUUAUCAACUUUAUUUUCAUGAUGUACUACUCUAAUUUUAACCACUAAAAAUCACAUAAACAGUCAUGGUGGUCGAAAUUAGAGCACCCUAUAGAAACAAAAUUUGGAGAAAUCUACCAAACUUGAGUUUGACUAAUUCAAAAAUUAAUUAAUCUGAUCUGUAAUAUUAAUAGUCAAAUAUUGUACCUAUAUUAAGUCGUAGAUAAUGCUGAUUUUGGUGUAUUUUGACGUUCAUUAUAGAGCAUUUUAAAGAGUGAGCGAUAUUAGGAACCAAAAAAUUUCGAAUUCAAUUUUGAUUUAUUACUGACGAAAACCAUUCAUAAAAACGUUUAGAAUAUCUUGCUGUCUGCGAAGUUUUGAUGUAUUCUGGGGGAAAGAUGAAGGUGUGAUUUAAGCCAUUUCAGGGAUUUCUAUAUCUCAAAAAGUGUCAGAUUGGCAGCCAAAAGAAAAAAUGUGGUCGACAUUAGGGACUCUUACCCUUAGUUUUGAGUGUUUAAUAAUAAUUAGUAAGUUUUAUUGCUGUAUAAGUAUUAUUUUUAUCAAAGUAUUGGUACCAUUUUGUUUUUAUUUUUGAAUUUUUAUUCGUUUUGCUCAUUAAUUUGUAGUUUUUUUGUAAUUUGAAUUAAGUAGUCCCUAGUCCCUCAUUUUAAGUAUUUUCAAAGUAACAUUUUUUUGUUUAUCUACUUACAAAUAAUACUUAAUCGUAUUCGUAUUUCUUAUAAAAAAUCAUUUAAAAAAAGCUGUUUAACGUUUUUAGUGCAUAAAACAUUUAUUUACAAAGUACUUGAAAUUCAACUAUAAUAGGUAUUAAGAAUCUGUAUUAUUUGGCGACAUUUUGAUUCCCCCUCUCCAUUCUUAGUAAGUAUAAAUUUGAUUUCCAACAAUUCACGAAAAAUUGAUCUUUUUGGGUAUUGAAAUUUUGGCUGGUCGUGUAUUUUUACACGCGCUUUCAAUUCAGCUUCACCUCGUUCAAAAGUUUUUAAAUUUUCAAAAAAUUUUUCAAAAACCCAAAUUUGGUUUAUUUUUUAAUGUAAAAAUUGAAAUUUGAUUCAAAAAAUUAUGGUAAAAGAAUGAAUGUGGUUUCCAUUCUAUUUUAAAUCUCUCAAAUCAGAAUUGAUGGUGGUUUUGUCAAACCAUUCUGGAUCUUUCAGUCCAUUUUUGAAUUCUCUAGUACUGGAAAUAAAUUUAUAUGAGGAGGACCAGCGCAAAAUUCAUCGCAUGGGUAUGUACUAAUUAUUAGAUCCAACACUCUUUGGAGUCUAUUCUCGAAAUCUAUUCUAACAAACUUCAUUAAUUGACGAAUUUCGUUAUUUUAUUUUACAAAAAUCCUCAUUUGUGCUGCUGGAAAAAAUUUUGAAUUUAAACCAAAUCGAUCGAGGAUCGAAAAAAUCCUAAACAGGAUUAAUCUUAAGUUACAGGAACUGAAUUUCAUUUGGACUUUUUUAUCGCAAUUUUUCUAAAAUUAGAAUUUCAACAAAUUCACUGGAGGCUCCAGAAUGACUCGAAUGAACCAUCAAAUCAAUUUUCAAGAGAUUGAAAAUAGGGAAUGAAUUAAAUUUUAGCUUUUUAUUUCAAUUUUAUCAUAACAAUGUUUUCGUAAAAAAAAAGGAACCAAUUUUUUUUUCCAAAUCCUUAAAAACCAAAAAAUAAAAUUCAGCACUUAAAAUCAGGUCUGGUAGUAAUUUUUGGAAACCAUAUUUUUAGAAAGAGUCGAAUUCGAAGAUUUCCAGAAUUUUUAAAAUAUUUUCACCAAAGAUUGUCAAUUUUACAGUAGAGAUAAGUGAAGACUUAGGUCUGU